CGAGGCUUCAACGACCCCGUCGCAGUCCGCCAGCGCCUCUACUGACGAGCAACCUCCCUCUGCUCCUCCUUUACGCUGCUGCACGACUAUCACGACUGCGACGAUGGACGCCUUCUACACGAUUCUCUCUGUCUUGAACCUUACGGGGACGUCCCAGGAGGAGGACUGGGACUUGGAAUUCCCUGCCGACUACGAGGGCAACUCGACGACUGGGAACAAUGGGUCCAGCGGGACGGGCAUGUACUGCGUUGUCGCAUGACCGCAGACAUCCCCGCCGCCCCACCUUCGACAUUCACAGGCCUAUGAGCCUCUCUCAACUUACUCUAUCGCGCGUUGAUGCCACCCCGCGCAGCGCACUGCCGCAAAAUUCGAGGCCGCACGCCUACGUGCCGCCGCUUUCGACUAUGCUCUCCUAUGCUUACCUUACUCGUAUGCGCUCCGCCCCCGACCAGUGGUAACGCCGCUGCUCACUGGGCGUCGAGGAUUUACUCUUGCUUUACCAUAUCAGGAUUUAGGCCACUGUUCUACCGUAUCCGCCACGUCAUUCCUUCCCGCACCGCCGCCUUCGACCUUCUUCGCGGUGCUUGGAUGCUACUUUCGUAUAUCAUUCGACCCAUUGUUAUAGCGUGAUCAUUCCGC